AUGAACUCGGUCCCUUUCAAAUCAUAUUUCUGGGAGACUGUUCCAUUUUCAGGCAAAACGGCUGGCACGGUCGAGUUCCAGUUUGUGUGCUUGGAUGCUCCAUCUCUGGAGGGAUCUCCGGCAGAUUGCACGAGCUUUGGGAGUGCAAAUGUUGAUGGCAAGGAGGUGGAUAGAUAUGCCUCCCAUGCUCAGAUUUCCACAUUCCUUCGGGAUGUAGACAAUUCAAGCAAAUUAAAGCUCUUUCAAGAGCUUGGGCGAACUUUGCAGGAAAAUGUCCUUGAUCAGGCAGGGAACUUCUCUAUGCUGGGCCCAACUUCGUCUGUGUGGGUGAACACCGAAGGGUCUGGAGUGCCAUGGCUGCACCUUCGGAUAGACACAAGACCCAAGUACUACCACUAUGCUCCUUUCCGCUCGUCUCCGUGA